GACGCGUGAACAGAUACUCGAAGAAAUUAAAAUUCAAGGCGAUUUAGUUAGAAAACUUAAAGCAGCCAAGGAAACCAAAGAAAAGCUAAACAGCAAAAUUCCAAAAUAUCCCAAAACACAAAACUUUUUACCUAAAACCCAAACUACAGUGUAAACAAAAUAAUAAAAAAGACAUAAACAAUUAAGUGAAAAAAUGCCGGAAUAUCUAAAUGCAAUGACCGGCCGCUUUAAGAAUGCUAACGCCAGUGGUGGUGUCACAACGGUGACACCGCCGGCACCCUUCGAUGCGAGCACAAUGAUUUACGAGACCAUGCAACAAACACAACAAUACCAGCCACAAUAUCCGCAGCUAGAAUUACAACCACAAAAUCUUGGCAAUGUCAUGCCGAAUGUAAAUACUUUCGAUUAUAUGGGUUAUGCGCCGGUAUCGGCACCGGUUCCCCCACCGCCAGCGGUGAACGAGCAUGAAAUUGAGUUUCUCAACUGUCGGCCAAGACGUUACAAGCGCACCAAACGCACUUAUACGAAAAGAAAAAAUAAAACCACAACUAAACAACAGAACAACGAGAAAACUACAGCAACAACUGGUGCAGCAGCAACAACAAAUACCAAAGCAAUGCAAAUGCCGUCGAUGGCGAAUUCGCCGAAUGUACAAAUGAGCUUUAAGAUGAUGACUAUGGACAUCACCAAAACGGAACCCAACAUGGGUCCAAAUAAUCCACAGAGCGCGCAAAAUCCCAACAACGGCAAUGGCAAUCCCAAUAUUGGUAAUCCGAAUGGCAACAACAACGGUCUCACCACCGUCAGCGCCGUCGGUAAUGCGAACAGCAAUGCCAACAACAAUAACAACGGCAAUGGCAGCCAGUUGUGCGCCGGUUGUGGCAAGCAUAUACAGGACCGUUACUUGCUGCGCGCCCUGGACAUGCUGUGGCACGAGGAUUGCCUCAAAUGUGGUUGUUGUGAUUGCCGCCUGGGCGAGGUGGGCUCUACGCUCUACACGAAGGGCAAUCUUAUGCUGUGUAAACGCGACUACUUGAGAUUAUUUGGCAACACUGGCUAUUGUGCAGCCUGCAGUAAAGUCAUUCCGGCCUUUGAGAUGGUCAUGCGAGCGCGCACCAAUGUCUAUCACUUGGAAUGUUUCGCUUGUCAACAAUGCAAUCACAGAUUCUGUGUUGGCGAUCGUUUCUACCUGUGCGAGAAUAAGAUUCUCUGCGAAUAUGACUAUGAGGAGCGCCUGGUCUUCGCUUCAAUGGCCAAUCAUCCGAUGUUGAAGCGACAUGCCAGCCAAAUUGGACAGGGCUCACCGACCGGUGCGGGUGGUUUGAUGGGCGGCGGCAGUCCCGGCGGACCGGGCAGUGUUGUACAAAACGGACCGCGUACACCGGGCGAUCACAACAACAACAAUGGUCCACAAACCGGCCCCGGUGGCUCACCGUUUGGCGUGCAAGCGGCAGCAGCAGCGCAUAUGAAGAACUCGCUGGGCGCGUCUAGCUAAAAUAAAGCUUUGGCCAUGAUUGCCGGCGGUGGCAGU